GCUUAUGGCGGUUGUUUAUGCAUUCGAUCGCGAGAGAUAGUAGUGCGUCUGCAAAUGUGAAGAACGCUUGUGGCGAUCAAGCAUGUAAACAAAAUUAGCGCGCCUAGACUUCGAGCACCAGAUUUUGCAAAAUCAAAGUGAAAAUAUCUACCGUGUUUACGCAUAUGUAUAUGCUUGUGUGUGUAGUUAAACGAACAGGCGAGCAUACGAACGACAAAACCAAAGACGUUUUGCAAUUGUAUUGGCAAAAUUUUUAAGUAAACAGUGGCAGCAACUAUCCUGUCUAUAGUAGAAUACAAUACCAAUCAAGUGACUUGACCGGGCAUUCCCAAAAUGAGCGGCUCUACAUUUCGCAUUUUUUCAAGCACUUUACUGCUGUCGACAAUUUUUUUGUUCACGUUUAUGGACCAGACACAUGCCUAUGGACUUGGACGUUGCCCGAAAUAUCCAUCGAUGCCAAAGUUUAACAUGAGUCGUAUUCUGGGCCAAUGGUUCGAAGUAGAGCGCUCACUCUACCUGCCUGAAAUUGCCUUUCGUUGCACGUCAUUAGCUUUUCAGCCCUAUAAUAAAGCCGAUCUCUCCAAGUUUAAUAACUUUAAGCUAGAGGUGGCCAUAAAGAGCAUAAAUCGCAUCACUGGCAAUCCAAACGUUAACUUGGGCUAUGCCACACCUGAAAACAGUAAAUCGUCUAUUAUGGAUUUUAAGUUCAACACACGAUUUCCCGAUGUGAUUUCACGUCUUCUGCCCGUCACUGGAAAGUACCAAGUUCUCUACACAGACUACGAUAAUUUUGCCAUUUUGUGGUCCUGUGGCAGCAUUGGGUCCUUUGGGUAUUCCGACCAAAUCUGGGUAUUCGGCCGUGCUCGUGAACGUGAUUUUACGGCAGAGGUACGCUCCAAAGUCUACGACGUGCUAAAGCGUCUCAGUCUAGACCCGGAACGGCUGGUCCUAAGCGAAAACAAAAACUGCACAGAAUUGCUUUAAGGACCAAUACUGCCGCUAAAUCUAUUUAUGUAUAACUGUAGGUUAAGCUAAAUAUGAAUUUAAUGUCUAAUUUUCAGGCUGCUGUGAUAUUGCAAAAAGAAGAGCUUUGUUUUUGUUUGGUAAAGAAACAAAAUGGCAAAUAAAAAUAUAUACAUACAUA